AUGGGGCCUAAGAAAAAGGCCAGGCCUGAUGGGCCCGUGAGAGCUGGGCCUGCUAUUGUUGUUCCUAUUGGGGUGGCGAUGCAAGCUCUGGCUACUAGGAUUGCACAGCUGCCAAGGGUUGUUCAACAGCCACCUAGGGGUCUAGGACAGGCUAGGGGCGGUAACGGUAUUGGUCGAGGUCAAAGAGCACGAGGCAGAGGUGCUGGGCAGACUGAGGCAUGGCAGCUUGCCCUUGUCUAUGCUGCACAUCGCCGUGAGGAUGGAGAUGCUCUAGACGUCAUCACGGAUACGUUCUUCAUUUCUAAUGUACCUUAUGUUGCAUUGAUAGACAUAGGCUCUACACAUUCCUAUGUUACAUGUUCUGUGUCUCAGACUUUGGGAAUCCCGCGUGAGAGCACUUCUAGUGAGAUUUUAGUGGUGAGUCCAUUGGGGAACGGUAUUCUUGGCGGAUCUGAUGGAACUUCCGUUUGGGGAGUUCCACUUAAUUUUAGGCAUGGACUGGUUGGUAAAGCAUGGUCAGAGAAGCUAGUGAGGAAAGGAUAUAAGGCAUUUUUGGCCUACAUCAGUGUUUCCGAUUCUGUGGACUCUUCGAUUAAGGACAUCCGUACUGUGAGGGACUUUCUAGAUGUUUUUCCAAAGGAAUUACUAGGAUUGCCUCCGAGUCAAGAGGUAGAAUUUGGCAUCGAGUUGAUUCCUAGUAUAGCUCUAGUGUCUAUCGCCCCUUAUCGAAUGGCGCCGAAUGAGCUGGCAGAACUGAAGGCUCAAAUACAGGAGCUGUUGGAUCAUGGGUUUAUUCAUCCCAGUGGGUCUCCAUAG